GACUACAUGUUGACGAUAGCUGGCUAACAACAGUCAAUUGCUUGAACUCUCAUUUUCCAUCUACCUACAGCCCUUGGCGCGAGAGCGCGGCGUUGAAAGCGCUUUGUGUUUUCUUGUUGAGUUACUUGCUUGCCUGAAUCCUUCUUUAUCAUAAUUAUGCGCUGAUAUCAGCACAAUAAUUUGCUAACAAUGUGGGAACGAGAGGUAGAGUUCAGGGACACUUUGGAACAGGUUCUUGUGAAAGCUGCGGGCUCCCGCUUGGAGCGCUUAGCAAGCUUGGCGGUGGAGGAUGAGCGAACGUGCUACAAGCACGUGGUCGUGCUCCUGGAGAAACAGUUCCGCAGAUUGAGCGCCGCGCCGGGCAGUUCCCGCGGGAAGCUCCACCUCCUCUAUUCGGUCUCGUCGCUGCUCAGGCUGUCCCGAAAAACGCAAGGGGCGAAAGACCGAUAUGCUGAGCGCCUGAAGCCGCUCACGACUGCGCUGGUUGUGGACCUACGGCCAGAGAACGGGGCACAAGUGGAAAAGCUGUUGAAGAUCUGGCAGAUAGAGGGCGUGUUUGCGGCUGAGCAGCUCCGUGACGUGGAGAGCGGCCGCGGCGCGCUGGGCAGCAGCAGCGGAGGCGGAGGCGGGGGGCUGCUGGGGGCCAGCGGGGGCGGGGGCGGCGGCGGCGCUCACCCGCUACACAGCAAGUCGCCCAGCGGCUCUCUCACGGAGGCCAGCGCGCAGGACCCACACUCGCACCCAGCCUCGCGCUUCCCCGCUGGCAGCAGCCGCCUGCAGCCCUCGGCGCCGGGCUCCUCCGCGCCCUACGCCGCCGCGCCGCCGCCCUUGGAGGGCGCCGACCCCUUCAGCGCCGACUCCAACCCCAACGCCAGCCGCGGCGGCCCGCCGCCGCCGCCACCACCUAUGCCGCCGCCCAUGGCGCCUCCGCCGGGGCUCAUCCCGCCGGGGCUGCUGGGCCCCGCCGGCAUGAUGCCACCGAGCGAGGUGGCGGCGGCCGCCGCCGUUGCCGCCGCUGCCGCGGUGGGCUUGUUCCCUCAGGGCCAGCUCGGUGGCUUCAUGGGCGCGGGGCCGGGCGCGGCCAUGAUGGGUCCCGGCGGGCCCUUCGGCGGCGCCAUGGGCAUGGCCGCGGCCUUUGGGGCGCCGCUGGUGGCCGGGCCGGACGGCAUGGGAGGCGCAAUGGGCGGAGGCAUGGGCGGUGGCAUGGGCGGAGGUAUGGGGGCAGGAAUGGGCGGAGGUAUGGGCUUCGGCCCCGGGGCGGGAGGGCCCAUGGGCAUGCAGCGCCCGCCGCUGUACCCGCAGCAACAGCAGCAGCAGGGGGGCAUGUUCGGCAAUGGCGGCGGCGGCCGGGGGCCCGGGGGCGGCUUCGGGCGCUUCGGCAGCGCGCACGGCCGCAAGCCGCCGGGGCAGGGCUGGCAGGGGCGCUUCGGUCAGGAACAGCAGGGCUCCGGGCCAGCCAAUGGCGGCCCGCCCCCGCCGCCCCCACCGCCGCCGCGCCCGCCGCCAGGCGCGCCGCCGCCGGCGCCGCCGGCACCGCCGCCGGGCCCGCCGCCACCGCCACCCCAGCGCCCUCAGGGUGGGUCGGGCGCCGUCGAGCCGGCCACAGCCACAGCCAACGGCAGCGCCGGACCCAGCUUUGACAAGGCCAGCGCGGGCACCGACAGCAGCAGCGCCAGUGCACCAGUUGCGGGGCAGCCGCGGGCGUCGGGGGCGCGGCGGAGUCGCUGGGAGCUCGAGAAGGGCGACGCGCCCGGGGCGGCGGUGCCGCCAUCGCAAGCAGCGCCGCCAGGCGCGGGGCCAUCGGGUGCGGAGGCGGCACCGGCGUCGGGACGGAGCACAGACGAGCCUCAGCAAAAGCGGCCGGCUCGGCAAGAGCCGCCGGGAGCGGGUGGGGAGCGGGAGCAGGCACGGCCGGGGGCUGAGGACGCCGUGGGCACACAGCCUGUGCCUGUGCUUGUGCCUGUGCUUACGACGUCACGGCAGGAUGGCGAUGAGGAGAUGACGCCAGCGGACAGCGGGGCUGGGGUAGGGUUAGGAGCAGACGCAGGCGCAGGAGAGGCGCACGCGCAGCUGCCGCCAAGGCCUGCGCGUCAGUUCGGCGGCAGGGCUGGAGCGGGGCCAGCGGCCGCACAACCGCAACCGGCGGCCGAGGCGGACGCAAGUGCCGGCGCCGCGCUGGACGUAUCGGCGGCGGCAGCGGCAACCCCAGAGCCUGGGGUCGCGCAUAAGGGCGCAGCGCCAGAGGUGGUUGCGGCUGCUGAUGCAGCGGUGAGGGAUAGCGCAGUGGGUGGGCUGCAGAGCGGGGCUGCUGCGGCAGCGGGUAGCGAUGCAGGUGGCGGAGCGGGGCCCGUGCCUGCGCCCGCGUACACGCCUGCCUCAGUGCCGGACCCGCGACUUCAGCCGGCAGCAGCAGCAGCAGUAGUAGCAGUAGCGCCACUGGCACCGCCGCAGCCUCCACCACCGCCCCCAUCACCUCCAGCAGCGCCGGAGGCGCAGCAGGGACCGCAGCAGCAACAGCAAGAGGAGCAGCAGCAGGCGGAGGAGGUGGCUGUGGAGGUUGCCCAGCCGCUGGCGCCCUCAGAGCCCCCGGCACCCUCGGAGCCACCUGCGGCGCCUGCUCCUGAGCCCAGCAGCGCACCCGCACCGGAGGCAGCUGGCGCGGAGGCGGCAGCGGAGGCGGCGCAGGUGGCGGUGGAGGCGGCGCAGGUGGCGGUGGAGGCGUGUGUGGAGGCGUCGUCAGGCGGGACGCCGCCGGACACGGGGGCAGCCAGCAAACCGCCGCCGCCACCCCCCAUGCCGGCGUCGGCGCCAGCGGCAGACGCCAGCGCUAUCGCUGCGCCGUCAGCCGGCGCUGCCGCUCCCGCGGUAGCGGGAGCCUCUGACCCCAGUGCGCCACCACCCGCGCCUGCGCCUGCUGCCACAGCCUCACCUGCUACCUAUACAGCAACCACAUCCUCCCCUGGCGCGGCCGAGGACGCUAGCUCGGGCCCGGCUGUUGCUGCUGCGCAACCGCCGCCGCCCCAACCGCCGCCCCAAGCGCCACAGCAACCGCCACAGCCGCCGCCCCAACCGGCUCCUCCGGCUCUGGGCCCCCUGCGCGGCAGCUCCAUGCUGCAGAGCCUGGUGGAGGAGGCGCGUGUGCCGCUCAAGCUGGAGGAGCUGGAGCUGGGAGACCUGGACGACACGUGGCUGUGAGGAAGGGGGAGUGACGGGGAGAGCGCGUGUGUGUAUGACACUGUGUUUAUGACUCUGUGUGUGUGUUUGUGUGUGUGAGACAGUACUGUUUGUGUGUUUAGCAACGCGCAAAACGAAGCCCACCCAGGCGUGUUAAACAAAAACAAAUGGAGCAACCCAGGCGUGUGUGUAUAAGGCUGUGUGUGUGCCGGAGACUGUUGCUGUGUGUGCCCCGAUGACUGUGACAGUGUGCGUCAAGACUAGGCGGAGGGGAAGCGCGGGAGGGCGGGAGGGUGUGUGUGUGUGUGCGGGGUGGGUGGGUUAUGUGGUUAGGCGGGGCCGUGCCGGCGGGAUGUACGCGUCGGCGCUAUGACUGUCUCCGUGGUAGGGGAGCGCCUGUGCACACCGCGGACUCGGCUUGCAGAGUGGUAGGGUGCAGGUUCGAGCGGAGUGGCCAGGACUGCAUUCAGGGCUCGUACCGAACAUGUGGAAGUGAAGACCUCGCUGCGCCGUGUCACUGUGUGUGAUGUUAUGUACGUGCGUUUGGCCCUUGUGCAAAUGCAAGAGCUGUGUGCCACGACUGGACGCGGCACGAUACGUUGGCUGCACGUGUGACGCAAACUGCUGCUGGCGAGAGUCGAACGAUAGCGAUGCAGGGCCUGCGUGUGAUUUCCGAGGGAGUGCAAUGCGUCGUUGCUUGAUUUCAUUUCGGCGCGGCGGCCAACUUGAAACUUCCGUACACGAGCCUUUGAUGCGGGGCUUCGAUUGCUUAAAGUUUAAAUGGCGUCGAGGUAGCGGGCGAGGGAGGAGCAGUCUAUUCCCAUUUUGAUUCAAGAGAGACCCUGAGCCCUAAACCAGUGCAUGAGGUGUAGAGACGUGUGAUGUGUAGGCAGCAGCUGUUGGCUGUUGGUGAGGAGGAGCUAUCCCUUUGACAGGCAUGUGGAUUGGGGGGUUGAUUGGUGCACAUGUGUGCGGCAGCGCCUGCACGGCCGAGUGCUGAGGCCCAUGUGCCGUGUCGGAUCGGGGCAUGGCCGGGAACUAGCGCGCGUGCGUGCACGCGUGUUGUGUCGUGUUCGCGUGUAUGUGCUGUGCUGCAUCACGACUUUCAUGCUGGAAUUUCUAAGAUUCCUAAGACGGACGACGUGGCGUGGGCGUUGCCCACUUUUCCCUUCGGAGGGAAAACCACUUAGACUUUCUGGUAUCGUGUCCCAGCUUGGCCAGUGAAAUCUGUGUGUCCUUCCGCUUCCCCCUUUACCUAGCGAAGCCAGGGAGGAAUCCUAAUUGCCGCCAGGUUUGGGGGCCUGCAUGGACUCCGAAGCGUCGUUUUUUUGUGGGCACGCUGGCACGGUUCCAAGGACUGGUGGCAAUCGAGCUGGUGGUCUGCCGAUUGUUCAAUGGACUCAGCAUGUAGUGUAAACACUGAAGGUU